AUCUACAACAUAGAGCAGCUAAAAUUACUUUCUUAAACGAUUCUGAACACGCGGCACAUUCCUUUGGCAAUCAUGGGUGUUAGACAAAUUAGAUCAGUGCUAUUUUACGUUAUGUGUGUAAUUUUCGUUCCGGGAAGUGCAUCGGAAUUCAAUGCUGAAGACUUUUAUGAAAUAUAUUCUAAAAGAAUGGAUGAUAUUAUGCUUGAAAAUAAACUACUGAGGCUCGAGUUAGAAGAGGCAGUUCGCAAUAUGGGACAUCAGGCUGACAGGAUAACCAUCGUAGAAGAAACCACCAAGAUAAUGGAAAAGCAGGUUGACAAAGUAGCAAAUUUAGAAGAAGCUACCAAAAAGUGUGAAGAAAAAGCUGACAGGAUAGCACAUUUAGAACAAACCACUAAACAGAUUAAAAAGCAAACGGAAAAAAUAAUCAACUUAAGAAAAGUCACCAAAAAGAUGAAAAAGCAGGCUGGCAGGAUAACGAAGUUAGAAGAAACUACCAACAACAUUAAAAUGCAAACGGACAUAGUAGCCAGUUUUAAAAGAGCCACCAAAAAGAUGGAAAAGCAGGCUUGCAGGAUAAAAAAGUUAGAAGAAACUACCAACAACAUUAAAAAGCAAGUUGACAAACUAGCCAGUUUAGAAGAAGUCACCAACAAUAUGGAACAGCAGGCUUGCAGUAUAACUAAAUUAGAAGAAACCGUUAAUAAGAUCGAAAACAUUGCUAAGGGAAUCAUGAACAUUGAGAAUGUGCAGCAGAAACUGAACAAUCAGAUAGCAAAGCUAGAAAAUAAUACUUUGAACAAUGAAAAAGCUAUCUCUGAUUUGACACUUCUUGCAAGGGAAAAUGACAUGAAAAGCGUUAAGGCAUCAGAAUCGUCUAUAAUUGCUUUAAAACAUGACGUUAUGAAGCUGUUUACUGCGGUUCGCAAAAUGGUACCCGCAGAGAAAAUGUUUCUACGUGGAAUGAAAAAGUCGUAUGACGAGAAACUCUCAAUUUUCACAAACGAGGUGAAAUUGCUAAUGUCAACAUUGAAUGAUAAAUUUCGAGAUUUUUCAGAAACGCUUCAAGAAAAAGUAGAUAAAGAAUCGGUCCAUCACACGAAAAAUUUGAAAACAAGUAAUGCUGAAAUCCAGCAGCUAGAAACAAGAAUUGUGAACGUUGAAACAAGGCAAGGAAAAAAGGCAGCUUUCACAGUUAACGGUGCGUAUGGACAAACUAAUGGAAUAUUAAAAUUCACGUCUGUAAAAUUGAACGAAGGGUCCGUCUAUAGUAGCAGAACAGGGCAGUUCACGUGUCCCUUUCCGGGUCUCUACGUUUUCAUUGCGAGUAUCAUUGAAACUAGCAGGGGUGAUAAUUUCAUAUUUUGUUACAUAAGAAAGAAUGGUGCUGAAUACGUCAAUAUGUAUUCUCGGCAGGGCACAAAAGACAGUAAGUUUGCAACCGACGGGUGGGGACCAGUAACAGGAGCUGCUACAGUACAUCUGGUGAAAGGAGAUCGUGUAUAUGUCUGGUGUAGGACUGCCACCAGAAAAAGGCUUCACUGGUCCUCAUUUACUGGCUUUCUAGUCAGUGCUGAUCCUUAAGAUUACCAUAUUAUCUUAUAAUUGUGUAAACAGAAACGCAGUAACCUCGUACAAUUGGAUUUUGAUUAAUGGAAUUAGUAUUUGAUUGAAUCAAAGUUACAUCUUACAAUUUAAAUAAGUAAGUACAUGCACAUAAUUAUUUAAUUAAUUAUUCAUGGUUGUUUAAAAUAAUUAAUUAUUGUUCAUAAACAAACGAGAUCCUUAGAAACAUGUGAUACGUGUUCUAAAUGCUGAUUCUUUAAUGGAAGUAAUUUAUUCAAAGUAUGGCUUUUGAAACAAUACACAAAUGAAUGAGAAACGGCGGUCAGGUAGUUUGGAUCACUCAUCCUAAGUUUCCAGGAUAGAAUUCAUGACAGUUCAUAAAAGGUGCGAAUCCAAACACGAGAAACAAAUUUUUAUUAGGAAAGUGAACGUCUGAUACACUGUACAGUAGAGACGCAAUUACAAAAAAUAAUAUUCUUGAAAAUAGUUCCAAAUAUUUCAGCAGGAAAAAUAUUAAACGUUCGGAACUUGGAAACUGGAAUACAAUUUGUUUCCACCUGAUUGAAUUCCUAGUUUGGAAUAGUCUUAUGAGUGAAUAUGCAUUUGUGUAUUAUACUCGAAAAUAUUUGUAUGUUGGAAUUUGAAUGACAGCAAUAUGCGAAAUGUUGGCAGUGGUCGACGACGUCAUCGAACACUUUACGUCAAAACAUUUGGACGCUUGUCCGGAAGAAUUUGAUGCAGACGAAAUACGGCAUAGCGUAUGAAUCUCCCACUUCGAAGUUGGUUUGGCAGUGAAUUUGAGAAAAAGUAUAUUGUUACACUAAAUUGCUGCCGGGAAGUAGAACUGUUUCCAUAUUCCAUCACUGUACUUGUAUGUUUCUUUUACGUUCUUGCAUUUGUUGAAUAA